UGUAUAUACACAUGGAAUACACACCUCGCUUUCUUAUUUCUAUUGAAACGUGAAGAUCAGCAGAGAGGAGCAAUUUCGUAAUGAAUUCAGGACAUUUGUUUUUGCUUUUUUUCCUAUUACCUUGUGUAACAGUUGAGGCAGGAUUCUUUGACUUUUUUGAAAGUUAUUUUGAUGGGUUUAAAGAUACAAACAAGACUUAUAUUGAUGAUUUACGACAUUUCAAUUCUAACGAACUGAAAAAGGAUUUAAGGAAGUUUCUAUAUGGACAACACAUCGCAAUGAAAACUAUACAGAAUGCUUUGUCCUCCUUUAUGGAAGAUUCAAAUCCAAACAAACCACUAGUGCUCUCUUUCCAUGGGCCACCAGGAGUGGGAAAGAGUUAUGUCACCAAAAUCAUUGCAAGGAAUAUUUAUAAAAAUGGGGAGAAGAGCAAACAUGUCCACACAUUCAAGGCUGAUUACUGGUUCCAACACAAGGAUAUGACAAGAAUUUAUCAAACCCAACUUAGGGAAUGGAUUCAUGGGAAUGUGUCAGGCUUUCCCCGCUCCAUGUUCAUAUUUGAUGAAGUUAAUAAAAUGAAUCCAGAGCUGAUCGACACCAUAAAGCCCUUUCUGGAAUACAAUCAUCAAUUAGACGGAGUGUCAUUCAACAAUGCAAUCUUCAUUUUUAUCAGUAACUCAGAGAUGAGAACAAUCAACAAAUUGACUCUGGAUUUCUGGAAAGAAGGGAGAGAUCGAGAAGAGAUACAGAUGACCAGCAGUGGACUGGAGACUCAAAUCUCUCAAAACAUCUACAAUGACAAGAAUGGUGGAUUUUGGCACUCUAGUCUCAUAGAUCAGCAUCUGAUUGAUCAUUUUAUUCCUUUCCUACCUCUGGAACUGAAGCAUGUGCGUCAGUGUGUCUUGUCUGAAAUGGCCCACUUGAACAUGACUGAAGACUUUGAUCUGGCUGACAAAGUGGCCAGAGACAUGCCUUUCUUUCCUCCAGAGGAGAAAAUCUUUGCUGUUAAAGGCUGCAAGUCAGUCAGACAGAAGCUGGUGCUUUAUGCUGAUGAUUAGAUGAAAGAGACUUGAGAUGCACAUUUUGUCCACAUUGUACCGUUACUGAUUAGACUGUCGUUUUAUGCACUUAGCUGAACGACAUUGAAGCAUGAUUUGACUUUUGACCUUGUUUUUACAUAUUACAGUUUUUCUAAAUCGCUUUGGCUCAAUUCUCGAAUUGUAAUUAUAUUUUUUUCAAAACAAAAAUUCAUAUCACUGAAGAAUUAGUUUCUUGUAUACACCAGAUUUGACUUACUUAUUCAUUUAAGCAAAUUCCAUGUGUUUUGGCAAAUGUGUGCAAAAGAGUAAGUACAAUUGUCUACAAUUUUCAGUUAGUAGAUUCUCAGUGAAAUUGUCAUACUCUUCACAACUUCUAAACAUUCUUUCAUCGUUCAGUGAGCCAUCACAUGCAAAAUUAUCCAUACAGUUAUUAACAUCUGUCAGACAUACAUGCAUAUUCCAUAAAUAUCUAUGACAUGUGAUUUGUGAUGUCUGCUAAAUAUCUGGCCAGACCAACAAGAGUGACAGGAUGUCCACCAAGAAGAUGGGAACUUGCAGUCUUACAAUUUAUUGUUUUUUACAGAACAACCGCAGGUUUUUUCAUUGCUGCUGUUUUGUUUUAUUUUUUGCAUGGAAGUCAUUUUGUGGCAAUUCUCUGUUCAUUAUAUAUGAAUUUACAUGUAAGAAAUGUGUAAAAAUGGACAUGCAAAUGUAAUUUUUCGGUUUACAUGUAACAUAUU